AAAGUGUGUAGGAAAGAGCAGUUCUCCCAGACCCAGACCCUGUUCAGAGCAGAGCGGUCUGCUGAGGCUGUGCAGGCUGCCUGCCACCAGAGGAAGGAGCAGGAAUGUGGUGUGUCAGGUAAAUCUGUCCCCAGACUCUGGGAACAAGCACCAUUUCUCCACAGGCUUGUGAAACAUUCCUAGCCCAUCUCUCAUGUCUGGAGGCAGCCAGGGAUUUGGGCUCCUUUUGUCUCAGAGCAGACCUCACUGAAACACUGCUUUCACUAGUAGACUGCAGCCCCCAGUGUCUGCUGACGAGAAGUAUUAGAUUAAACGUGUGUGUGUGUGUGUGCAUAUGUGUGUGUACGCCCAUUUGUUUGUGAGAGACAUUUGUUUAUGAGUGUAUUUGGCUCACAGGAUUUUCUACGGUUUGAUGAACUCUGUCUGGCUACUAGUAAUCUGUCGUGGACAGGUCUUUGUGAACAUAACUGACAGGCUACCAUAGAAUCUGUCACCAUCCUUUAUGAGACUUCGCAAUCCGGAAAUCUCAAUUUCUAACACACUUAAUCGAGCAUCUGACCAAAUUACGCACAAUAUCUCUGAACAAAUCACUAUUUAAUGUUAGUCACCGUGCAAGUGAAGUGGUGGCUAUUUAAUGCAUGUUUACUUUAUUGCAUGUUUACUCUAAACUGAAAAUUGACUUGUACACAGAUUGAUGGCUGUGGGCUACAUUGUGUAAACCUUGGAUGGGCAACUUUGAUGGUGGUGGGGGCCACAAAAAAUCUGAAGUCAUCAUGAGGGGCCGCAGUUGCUCGCGGGUAUGCGUUCCCACGUGCAAAGUUCAAUUUGUUUAAUUUUACACAUUUUGCAAUGGGGCAUAGAGAAAAUGUUGCAGUUUUAAAGCGAGUUUGCUGCAAUUGUACACAUUUUGUCAUGGGGCUGAGAGAAAUUUGCUGAUUUACAGCUAAUCUCCUGCAAUUCUACACAUUAUAUUGGGCUCCAGAGUGGCGCAGUGGUCUAAGGCACUGCAUCUCAGUGCUUGAGGCGUCACUACAGACCCCCUGGUUCGAUUCCAGGCUGUAUCACAACCGGCCGUGAUUGGGAGUCCCAUAGGGCGGCGCACAAUUGGCCCAGCGUCGUCCGGGUUUGGCCGGUGUAGGCCGUCAUUGUAAAUAAGAAUUUGUUCUUAACUGACUUUCCUAGGUAAAUAAAGGUAAAAUAAAAAAAAUUAUGCCAUAGGGUGGAAAGAAUUGUUUGCAGUUUUUUAAAUAUGAAAUCUGAGUGAGACUGACUAACAAAAUCAAUGCCCCCCCCCCCCCCCCCCCCCCCCCCCACAGCUGGUAAUUCGAUAGCUGGCCGCUAGACUAAUUUACCAAUCUAAAACAUGUUAGCUGACAUGGUCUAAUUGAGUGACUAUCAGUGACUUGCAUAACAAAAACUGCUGAUGCACAACCAAAUUUCAAAAUUGCACCUUGUAUUCUAUUUUAAUUUGUAACAGUAAGUUGAGACCCCGACUGAGUUUCAAAUAUUAUUAUUAUUAUUAUAUAUUUUUUUUAUUGAUCAGAGGGCUGCCAGUUGCCCAUCCCUGGUGUAAACCAAGCCAGACUCACUAUUGAUUGGGAACCCCUGAAUCAGAACUCAAAUGGGAAUACAGGGUUGUCACAAUGUUAUAGGGAGGUGGCACAGUUGAAAAAACACAUGUGAAAUGGAGGUUCUGGUGGUGGUGAGUGUGUCUGCAAUACUAAUUCGCUUGUUUUGUUCCUCACAGAAAUCUUGGCCACAACAAGCUGACAGCCGUUGACGCCGAAGUCUUCUCAAACCUCCCAAACCUACGAGAGCUGUAAGUACCUCAGACCUGAUUUUCUCUCUCUCUCUCUCUCUCUCUCUCUCUGUCUCUGUCUCUGUCUGUCUGUUCAUCUUCUCUCAACCAGGAGUUCCCCUUGGCUGUGUGUGUGGGGACUGGGCUCAGCCUUUUCAAUGGCUGUCAUUCAGAACAGAAUAGGAUCGAUUGGCAAGCAGACAGCUAAUCUAUGAAUGCAACUCCUCACAAUGUGCUUCACCUUCACUUCCUAGUGGAUGUGUGUGUGUGCUGGCAUGCGCACGCCUUGCUGUGUGUCUCUAUGCAGUGUAUGUGUGUUUAGGCAAAAAAAAAUGCUUUCUUUUAGCAAUAGGCCUAGCAGGCUUCCCAAUGCUAGCGUUAGAGGUGGCAUCAAUGAUAUCCUUACUGGACAGUACCCUGAACAAACACUGCAGUAGUUCGGCAUCUCACACAAUCACUUACACUCACCAUAAUAGUCAGGCCCCUUACUGAUAUAUGGUAUAGCAGUCUUAAUUGACAUUUAUUCUCAGUCACAUGCACUCCACAUUAUCUUAUCCUUGUAUGUAUUGUCUUGAAAUGAGUCCAAUUGAGGAUAUUAAGCUUUCUCCAUCACCUGACACCAGGCAGGCCGAACCCUGGCUUAUGAAUAUUUGAUACGCUCAAGAGGGUCUAUCUCAACCCAGGCAGGGAGGGCACAGACACUCUGACACCUGUCAGAGGCCAAGCGCACACUAGCCUGACACCGCUUUAUCCAUUUAUGUUUUUCCUCGCAUACAAUUCUGUUGUUAUAGGAAUUAUUCUAAUGCACUUCAGAUACUCUGGCACCAUAUUGAUCCACUUCCUUACUAGACUACUACACUGAGGACACCUUGUGUCCUCAAGUUCAGUUCCAAAUAAAACUUGAUCAGUCAAUUCACAGCAGUGUUAUCUCAAUACAGUGUUCAGUUACUUUCUCCUUUCAAUCCAUAAUGUCCUGUAACAUCAUUGCUUCUAUGUUUCCCUCAGGCGCCUGGACCAUAAUGAGCUGACAUCCAUCCCUGAUCUAGGACCGGCUGCGUCUAAGAUCGCUUCCCUCUACCUGUGAGUACACAUUUCAUUUACCGCCAUGGGGAUGUCAAGCUGGCAUCACACUGUCCCUCACCGAAUUAUCAAUGUUUGUUUGAGGGCAAGUUUAGGUAUGACCAAGAAUACUAGUGAGACACACUUUCUAUUUGAAUUGCUAUGCUAUGACGGUAGUAUGUCAGAGAUGCAAUGAUUGCCUCUGUUGAAUGGAGGUGUAAUGUUGACUAUGCGGAGCACUAAGAAAGUGCUCCGGAGUUCUAUCCUGGUUAAAGUUGUGAAACUGCCUGGAGGGACUGCCUACGCUGGCAUCUCACAGGAGAUUUACUGCCCUAUUUGGAAAGAGCCGCUGUGUGUGUGUGUCACAGCUGUGAGCCUAGUGGCCCCCUUAACAAACAGACACACAAUUGUGACACUGUCCUGCUUGCUUGGCCUACAGAGUAAGUAAGUACUUGUUGUUUUCCAUACUACAACAGUUCACUUCUCAUUGUGGCUAAGGAACAUUAAAUCUUCUCACUCAACCUGUAACAGGAGAGAAAGCCCAUAGGCUCUGUCACAACUGUUACUGUUAAAGGCAGUUUGUAGCCUGCUUGUCUGUUGGUAUCACACGUCUGUAACACCCACUUUAAUGCACUCACUCUGGUGGUUGUAACAGUCCGCAUCACUUUCAGUGUUUGUAAUAGUCAUCCCUGCCUCUCCCUAUGGAUCAUCCAUCGGUCCCUCAAAAUAGGCUGUGUAGUGUUCUCACUGUAACUGUCUCACUUUCCAUCAGAUUUCUGACAAAGUUCUAAUUCAGCGAUAUGUGAAACUUCAUUAGGAAAUGUUUGAGUUUGAAGAAAAAAAAUCUGCUUUGUUUUUUGUGAGUUGUUUUCAUAGCCUUUUACAGUAUUCUGCCUGAUUCUAGGUCACUCUAAAGCCUCAACAAGGUUUUCAGUUAGGCUACGUGUUUGAAAUGAACACUAGUUCAGGAGACUGUGCGGUGCAUAGCUCUACUCUGCUCGGGACAAGCUUCUUUUUUUGGCCUGAUUCUCAGCCUGUUGCUAUGGGAAGCUCAGUGCAUGACGGGAAGAGGCAUAUCUUUCCAAAGCUGCACAGCUGAAAGGAGUAGAACCUGCAGCUGGAGCUGUCACUCACAGGGCUUACUGUAAGAAGGUGACAGGAAGUGUUGGGGGAUGGGAUAAGGGCUGGCUCAGGAUGACAUCACUGUUACCGCCACAAGGCGGCCAUUUCGAGGGGGGAAGUAAUGGAGCUCAGGUUUUGCCCACGAGUAACCCCACCUCAACAGCUCCCUGUCCGCCCCCCACCAUCAACCCCCCACCUUCUGGUCUGUUUGCCAUGGCAGAUCCUGGCUGGAUGGAAGUGCGGACUAAAUUCCUCUGCCCGUGGUGGAGAGCGACAGGAAUGCUGUCAGACAGCAGUGCUGUGUGAGACUGCAGCCGCAGAGAGAGGGAGGGAGAGGAAGGAGAGAGAAAGGGUGCUAGAACAGAGGGUUGUCUGUCACCAUCCCCUGACCUGCGCUGGCUUCCCUCUUGGCUGAGAGGAGAGGAAGAGCUGAUGGCCACAGUGAGACCAGCCUCUGUGCUCCACUCUAUUAUGUCAGCCCUUCAAACAGCUGGCCUCCAACAGUGUUUCUGAAGCAGCGUAUGGUGAUUCUCCCUGACAAGACCAGGCACUUUCUUGUUUUCUCUUUGCCUCGCUACCUCUCUCUCUCUCCCCAUCUCACUCGUUCUCUCUCCCACACGCCCAGCGGUUCUUUUGAUCUCUAACUUGUGGAGUUCAUCAUGCAGAUAAGCCACUCAGAGUGGCCCUAACCAGCUAAUCUGUGUGGCCGCAGGGCUUUGGCUUGGAUUAAUCACUGCUCUCAGAUCAGCCAUUCAGAUCAACCGUGGCCCCACCCCAGCCUGGAGCUCCCACACUCCCACAAUGCACCUGGCAUCCUGCUCUCCCAGAAUGCAGCAGGGCUCCCACGCUCCAACAAUGCCACAGCAGGCCACCAAACCCCCAUAGAAUCACAUGGGCCAGGGGAGAGUGAGACUUCUCCAUUGUCCGGCAUCCGCCUUUCCAACUUCAAAGAGGUGUCAAAACAACUCCAUGAAAAUCACAUGGUUAAUGGGAUGAAAUGAUUUAAAAUAACUGUUCUAUUGUCUUCAUUCCCAACAUCAAAACGAGGUAGAAUCCACAAAGAUCACUGUGGAAAUGGGAGAAAGGGCAGUAGUGUAAACGCUUUUAUUAUCAGCACCCUCAACAUUAAAAGCGGUGUCAAAACCGACCCUAGGAAAUCAACUGGCUAAAUGGAUGAUGAGAUUUGGAAUAAAGGGAUCUGUUGAAUCUACCCCAGACAUCAAAGAGAGGGGGAAAGCCAACCCCCAAAAUUGCAUUGGCAAUGAGAUAAACACAGCCCCCGUCCCCAUCCCUCCCCUCACCCAUCCACUGAGUGUUACACAGCUGGACUAUUCUGGCUGUGGGAGGAUGGGGUUGAGAAGAGAAAGAAUGAGGGACUGUACUGGGAGGAAGAGGGAGAAGAGAGGGGAAGGGAGAGCUGGACGUUGCAGUCAGCAUCUGAGAGACCGAGAGAUCCAGGCCAGCCUCGCCCUCCUGCUUGAGCCAAGACUGCCUAGUUUUUCCCAGCAAGGGUCAGCAGCUGUUGACCCUUCCUCACCCCCCCCCCCCCCCCCCCCCCCACCCCCUCCCUCCUCACCCCUCCUUCCCUGUUCAGUAGAGCCUCAAUCCUCUCUGCCUCUGGGCUUCCCAGGGGCUUCAUGUAGGUCAGGGAGGAGAGUGAGGGCCUGAGACUCAUCCUUAACGCUUUACACCACUGUUUAUUCAGGUGGGCUCUGGGCUGCAGUGGGACCCACCUCCCCUCAUGGCCCAGAGUAAAGGGCCUACAGGGAGUCUUAUUUGACCAUCUGUGUGUGUGUUGUGUGUGUGUGUUUUGAUGCAGUUUGACUGGUGGAACACCUGUCUGGAGACACCGUAGGACCAACGUACAAUUUUACCAAACACUGUUUGAUGCGGGGUCUGGGAGUCGACUCUAAAUUAGGUUCCUUGUGUUGACUUUGUUUUACUCAUGGCGUUAUUUUAAGUCAAGUGUCAUGUUAAUUUCAGUUAGUGAAGAGACUAGUGUUGGAAUGUAACUGACCCUGAUCCUCUUGGGGUGACAGGAAUUCCAGGCAGGGAUCAGCAGUACGUGUGUGCGUGCUGUUGGGUUCAGUUCACAUGGAGGGUGUGGUGUGGUGUGUGAGAGAAGGGGGUCAGUAACACUAGCCGGAGUGUCAGGGAGGUGCUACCGGGGCUGUGGUAUAGGGCUGGGCGGUAUACCGUAUUUUAGUAUAUAACGGUGUUGAUAUAGGUACAGGUUGGGGUUUUUACUUUACCUUGUAUAACAGUAUAUAGAUGUUUGUUAAAUGUGUUACACUGCUACACUGUGUGUAAUGUCCAUUUUUAUAGUUUACUCUGUUUGCUACUUGCGUCGUCUCUCCCACUCUCCUUCCACACACCAAGUCCCGCCCUCGUCACUCAUGGAGAGCAGUUUUUGCUCUACCACGAGUCACAACCACUUGCAGUUCACGCAGAGUGACAGUCUGCAUGGUCAAUGCUGCAGAUGCAACAAGAUGUUGGUAAAAAUGAUGCUGCUUUCCACUUUGCUUAAUAUAAAUCCACAAGCGUUCUGUAAUGUCCCUAUUAGUUUGUGGAUCUUACUGUCUGCAAACAGCUAGUUUGUCUUUUCUUAGCAAUUUGUGGCAAAAAUCAAUUGUGUCAGCCGCUAAUGCUAAUCACCAGCUAGUUAACUAGCUAAAUGUACUUAGUCUGAGCAAAGUUAGCUAGCUAAUACAGCCUGAUACCAGUGCUGGUGUAGGCCUAGAUCAGCAUGUUGCUUGUGCAACGGUAGCUAUAUUCUAAAUCAGAGAAGAAUAGGGUAAGCAUGCAUAUUUUAGCUACAUCAAGUAAGAGAAAGCAUUUAAUGUAACAACUAAUUAGGGUCCACUGGAAAACACUGACCAACACUUUGGUUCUUGCCCUGUCACAAUAACCCCUCCCUGUUUUUUUAAAUUUGUUGUCAUGUCAAACAACACUGUAUUCAAAGUGCCCGCUAUAUUCCAACUUUUGGUUGAAGUUUUAUUGAACAGUAUAAAACAGAAUAGAGAGAGCCCCAUUUAAAAACACUUAAUGUAUGUGUUGCCACCCUAGGGUCAUGCACUACUGAUAAAGCAUAUUAGAACUUUUAUUAUUCAAAAAUACCGUCAAAUACAGUCAUACUGCGUAAAAUAUUGUGAUAUGAUAUUCUGGUGAUAUCGCCCCGCCCUACUGUGGUGUGUCAUUGAGCACAGUCUUUCAUCCCUGCUCGGGUAACACUGGCCUUCACUGGCUCCACCUCCCUCCCUCCACACACACACACACACACACACACACACACACACACACACACACACACACACACACACAAUGGCAGGCUGAAGAGUCAACCAUUUGGACACCUAAAAGAAGUCUGUGUCUGUUUCCUGUCUCUGUCCGUGUGGAUUUGUCUGUGUUUGUAUCUGUCUGUUCACAUGUUUAUGUGUGUAUAGGCCUAUAUACAUCUGUGUGGGAGUUUUGUGUUUGUGUACCGUCUGUGUGUAUGUCCUUCUGUUAGUGUGUGUGUGGCGGGGGGGGGGGGGGGGGUCUGUAUGCACAUGUGUGUCUUUUGUUAUUUACCCCUGUGCCAGUACUGGGUAUAGGUACACAGGGGGAAGUGACUGGGAUUCCUGUGCAGCUCUGUUGCUGUCCAUCUGUCUUUCUGCAGCUCAGAGGUGGAUUUUUCCCAUCCCUUCCAGCCAACACCAAAAUAAACCACAGAUGUGGAGAGAGACUGUGACCCACCAUUCCUGCAGAGCAGAGAGCAGGCCAAAAUAAAAAUGAGCUUUUUAAAAACUCGCCCUCUUUCUCAGGCCACCUACUGCAGGCUUAACUGGACUGUCAGGAGGGACAGAGUUGGACAAUGCUUAAAAUGUAAGUCCUUUCGUAUAGCCAAGUCUUCCUCCAUUUGAUUUGAAAGUAGUCGGUUACAUUUAACACCAAUAAACAAGCCAUAAACAUCAUAGUCACGAAUAAGACCUUCUCUGAUGAAGCUUUGCUUGGAUCUAUGUUUGUUGUAGUAAGACACUGUGUUGCUCAGGGUUGAGUUGUUGUCUGUUGGUUAGUGUUGGGGUUAGUGUCUGUUGGAUGGGGUUGGUGUCUGUGUCUGUUGGUUAGGGUUGGGUUGGUGUCUGUUGGUUAGGGUUGGGUUGGUGUCUGUUGGUUAGGGUUGGGGUUGGUGUCUGCUGGUUGGGGUUGGUGUCUGUUGGUUGGGUGGGUGUCUGUUGAUUACCUUUACUUGAGCCCAAGCAUCAGUAUCAGUGUAUGUUGACCUCUGACUCAUCACACUCUCAAGUGGCUAAAACUUUGCUUCAUCCAAGUGCUCUGAGAGAAUAAUGGACUCAUCAAUCCAGAAUGUUCCAUGACUUGGCUGUUGGUGUCAGUCCGCAGGUGCCCUUGGGAGUAUUUGGAGAGGACCGGGGUUUCUUUGUAGACUCUCAAAAUACACGUUUGUCCCUGAAGCAGGGAUACUCUGUGAACUCUGUUCCUGAGUGGGUUUGGAGAAGAGGAGGGUUUGUGUGUGCUUUACAACUGCUUCUAAAACAAGCAUCUGAAGUUGAUUGAGAAGGGUAUAAGCUUUGUUCUUCUUCUCCUGGUGUUCCUCUCCUCAGGUUCUGAACACAUCUUAUCCUCUGAAGAUAUACUGAACAAAAAUAUAAACGCAACAUGUAAAGUGUUGGUCCCAUGUUUCAUGAGCUGAAAUGAAAGAUCCUAGAAAUUUUCCAAAUUUCACAAAAAACAAAUUUCUCUCAAAUGUUGUGCACAAAUUUGUUUACAUCGCUGUUAGUGAUCAUUUCUCAUUUGCCAAGAUAAUCCAUCCACCUGACAGGUGUGGUAUAUCAAGAAGCUGAUUAAACGGCAUGAUCAUUACACAGGUGCACCUUGUGCUGGGGAAAAUAAAAAGCCACUCUAAAAUGUGCAGUUUUGUCACACAACACAAUGCCACAGAUGUUCUGAGGAGUAUUUUGGUCUGUAAUAAAGCCCUUUUGUGGGGGGAAAACAUUCUGAUUGGCUAGGCCUGGCUCCCCAGUAGGUGGGCCUAUUUUAUUUUAUUUUUAUUGCACCUUUAUUUACCUAGGCAAGUCAGUUAAGAACAAAUUCUUAUUUACAAUGACGGCCUACCCCGGCCAAACCUGGACAACGCUGGGCCAAUUGUGCGCCUAUGCCCUCCCAGGCCCACCCAUGGCUGUGCCCCUGCCCAGUCAUGUGAAAUACAUAGAUUAGGGCCUAAUUUAUUGAUUUCAGUUGACUGAAUAUUCCUUAUAUGAGCUGUAACUCAGUAAAAUCUUUGAAAUUGUUGCAUGUUGCGUUUAUAUUUCUGUUCAGUAUAGUUUUCUCCUAACAGUUCGUUAUGAUGUUUUAUUUCCAGACACCACAAUAAGAUCCGCACCAUUGAUGGGAGGCGGAUGAGAGACCUGGUCUCCGUGGAAACACUGGACCUGAGCAACAAUGACAUCACAGAAGUCAGAGUUCAAGGUUUCCCUGCAGGUCUCCAGAUCAAAGACCUGUAAGAUCAUCCUCUUAGCUCUCAUGUCAAACCUUCUCUACAUUUCUCCUGUAGGAAAUAGGAAAUGCUGUGCCAACGUUAUCAGCAUACAGGGGGGAGAACAAGUAUUUGAUACACUGCCGAUUUUGCAGGUUUUCCUACUUACAAAGCAUGUAGAGGUCUGUAAUUUUUAUCAUAGGUACACUUCAACUGUGAGAGACGGAAUCUAAAACAAAAAUCAAGAAAACCACAUUGUAUGAUUUUUAAGUAACUCAUUUGCAUUUUAUUGCAUGACAUAAGUAUUUGAUACAUCAGAAAAGCAGAACUUAAUAUUUGGUACAGAAACCUUUGUUUGCAAUUACAGAGAUCAUACGUUUCCUGUAGGUCUUGACCAGGUUUGCACACACUGCAGCAGGGAUUUUGGCCCACUCCAUACAGACCUUCUCCAGAUCCUUCAGGUUUCGGGGCUGUCGCUGGACAAUACGGACUUUCAGCUCCCUCCAAAUAUUUUCUAUUGGGUUCAGGUCUAGAGACUGGCUAGGCCACUCCAGGACCUUGAGAUGCUUCUUACGGAGCCACUCCUUAGUUGCCCUGGCUGUGUGUUUCGGGUCGUUGUCAUGCUGGAAGACCCAGCCACGACCCAUCUUCAAUGCUCUUACUGAGGGAAGGAGGUUGUUGGCCAAGAUCUCGCGAUACAUGGCCCCAUCCAUCCUCCCCUCAAUACGGUGCAGUCGUCCUGUCCCCUUUGCAGAAAAGCAUCCCCAAAGAAUGAUGUUUCCACCUCCAUGCUUCACGGUUGGGAUGGUGUUCUUGGGGUUGUACUCAUCCUUCUUCUUCCUCCAAACACGGCGAGUGGAGUUUAGACCAAAAAGCUCUAUUUUUGUCUCAUCAGACCACAUGACCUUCUCCCAUUCCUCCUCUGGAUCAUCCAGAUGGUCAUUGGCAAACUUCAGACGGGCCUGGACAUGCGCUGGCUUGAGCAGGGGGACCUUGCUUGCGCUGCAGGAUUUUAAUCCAUGACGGCAUAGUGUGUUACUAAUGGUUUUCUUUGAGACUGUGGUCCCAGCUCUCUUCAGGUCAUUGACCAGGUCCUGCCGUGUAGUUCUGGGCUGAUCCCUGUUCUUCCUCAUGAUCAUUGAUGCCUCACAAGGUGAGAUCUUGCAUGGAGCCCCAGACCGAGGGUGAUUGACCGUCAUCUUGAACUUCUUCCAUUUUCUAAUAAUUGCGCCAACAGUUGUUGCCUUCUCACCAAGCUGCUUGCCUAUUGUCCUGUAGCCCAUCCCAGCCUUGUGCAGGUCUACAAUUGUAUCCCUGAUGUCCUUACACAGCUCUCUGGUCUUGGCCAUUGUGGAGAGGUUGGAGUCUGUUUGAUUGAGUGUGUGGACAGGUGUCUUUUUAUACAGGUAACGAGUUCAAACAGGUACAGUUAAUACAGGUAAUGAGUGGAGAACAGGAGGGCUUCUUAAAGAAAAACGAACAGGUCUGUGAGAGCCGGAAUUCUUACUGGUUGGUAGGUGAUCAAAUACUUAUGUCAUGCAAUAAAAUGCAAAUUAAUUACUUAAAAAUCAUACAAUGUGAUUUUCUGGAUUUUCACAGUUGAAGUGUACCUAUGAUAAAAAUUACAGACCUCUACAUGCUUUGUAAGUAGGAAAACCUGCAAAAUCGGCAGUGUAUUCUUGUCCAUUGAGGAUCCCUGACAAUGUGCUAUGUUGUCUUCCAGGUACCUGAGCAACAACAAGAUCCAGUUCCUGGAGGCUGGUGCUCUGGACCAGCUCUCCUCGUCCCUGCAGGUUCUGAGACUGAGCCGGAACCGCAUCUCUCAGGUCCCUGUCAAAGGCUUCCAGCUCCCCAAGCUCACCCAACUGUGAGUACUGUUCCAUACCACCUCUACAGACACCUCGCAGCUAACUGAAAAACAUGUUUGUAAACUCUCCCUAUUCGCCUCCUAGCCUAUCCUCAACCAUCAUGAGAUAAACAACAAAACGGACCCUGGGCCAGUUGUUAAAGAGAUAGUGUAUAGUACCCACACAGAUGUUGGAGGGAAAAGAACACUGGAAAGUUGGAAACAUCUAAGGAGGCUCGUUUGAUACAGUCGCAUUUGUUGAGGAGAGUGUGAACCUCUCCCCUCCAGGGUAGCAGCAUUGGUCAACAUCAGACCGAUACCAUGGCUGAUUUAUGUCCUGUGCCCGUGGUAGGCUAGCUCUCUCCUCUCUCAGAGCCCUGCUCUCUGUCAUUGUCUUCCCUCCCCUGCAGCAUGGGGCUAGGUCAGACCCAUCCAUACCUCAACACUCCCACUCUGGGGAGAAAAGACACAUGUAACGGGAGUCUACUCUAUUGUAGACAUGGCUCCCUUCUCUCCACAGCCCUCCCAGUUUUACCAGGUGGGUAUUGUUCAAACAGGUGUUCCUGGUGACACUGUAUCUGAGAAUGCUUGUGGCAACAUGGAGGACACACAAAGACGCUGUGUGGAUGUUUAUUGUUCAGCUGCGCUCCUGGGCUGUGAUGUUAAACCUCACACGCCAGGGGCACAGAUCCACUGGUACAAAGCUAUCGCAGAACUCUUUUGAUACAGAAGGCAAAGGGUUUUUUAUCUCGCAGGAUAAUUAGUAUUUUUCCCUUUGCGUGUCCCUGUGAGAUUACUCUAAGAAGUACAUUGAGAGGUUAACUGUUUACAGUACAUUCUCAACAGAUGUAGUCCUCUUUUAGUUGGAGAAGUGAAUGCAGAUGCCCUGCCCUACAAGUCGGUGCUGUUUUAAUGUUUUUUGAUGACUUAGUUUGCUCCUCUAGUUAACCCUAGCAUGGUUAAUGAAGGUUUGUGAUCAUGUGUUGGGGUGCCCAGGUCAGAACGUGACCCUAGUCUAUAAACCCUCACCUCAGCUGUCAGGGGUACACAUCGCUGGCCACAGGUGGAAUAGAUACCACCGUGGAAUGCCACUUAUGUUUUUGUGGGGCCGAAUGGUGUUGCUAAGUGUUACAGUAUUACUUCAGGGUUUUUUGACCUACCUGUAAGUCCAUAUUUCUCUCUAAUUUCUCUGCUCAUUAUUGCAUCUCUCUCUAACUCCUUGCUGUGUUGUUUUCCUGUCCUCCAGUGAGCUGAACAGGAACCGUGUGAGGCAGGUGGAGGGGCUGACCUUCCAGGGUCUGGCCAGUCUGGAGGUCCUCAAGCUACAGAGGAACAACAUCAGCAAGCUCACCGACGGAGCCUUUUGGGGCCUGGCCAAGAUGAAAGUGCUGUAAGUAACAUACAAACAUACUGCUCCUAACUCCCUGCCUAGCCUUGAGGACUAAUUCAGAUCAGUUGCUCUCAAGAACUUGUAGGACCACUUUCUCCUGCUCCACUCAUGAGUUUCCACUCUUAACAAUUGUUUCACAAGCAACUCUAUGCUCUAUUCUUAUGAGCUAAACUAUAAAAACGUGACUGGACAACCUCUAAUGUUCUAUCUCUUGUUUGGUACCAAACUACAUUACCCCUAAUGCCUAGUCCGAACCUGUUUCUGUGACCACCUCCUCCCCUGCAGUCACCUGGACUACAACAGCCUGAGGGAAGUGAACAGUGGCUCCCUGUACGGCCUGUCGUCUUUGCUGCAGCUCUUCCUCAGUAACAAUUCAAUCUCCCACAUCAACCCAGAUGGCUGGAGGUUCUGCCAGAGGCUACGGGAGCUGUAAGUAUUCUGAGUACCACAUCAGAAACCUCCAAACCCAGGUUAACCAUAGCACCAGAAACCUCCCAACCCUUGUAACUACAGCACCAAUCCCUACCUCAUCCCCAUCCCCUGAGAAACAAACUACAGUAUUCAUCCCCUAGCCUUCAGCUCCGGACCACAACGUCUUACCCCAGCCUCCAACCAUCAACCACCUGUCUCUUCUUGUUGAUCCCCUACCACAAACUAACCCUGAAUCUGUUCCCUGUUGCGCCCAUCCGUUUACCUUCACCAGAGCUACAUGACUCACUUAGCGCUCAAUACCACACACUCUUCUCACUAUAAGCCUGUUUAUCCCAUAAUAAGCGAAAGGAUUGACAGUACUUAAGCCCUCUCUGUAUUCACAUCUCUGUCAGGUUGGUAAAGAGCGUGUAACCCUCUGUUGGUAGGGAUACAGGGUAAUUGCAGGGGGAUCUCCCUGUCUAAUGAAGGAUAUAUUAUUACUACGACAACCUGUGGCUGGUUGACAUACUUACACCACUGUACUGUACUACUGUAGAGCUCAGCUCUGGUCAGGCGUCGCUAACUGUACCGUAAGGCUGUCUGUCAGGCUCCUGUGUGUCUGCGCACAGUGUCACUGUGUGUGUGAGAGAGACAGAUUGCUCUGUGUAUCUGUGUUGCCGACUCACUGCACUCAGUGCGAGUCCGGGGUUAUAUGAUUUUAUUAGCGGGGCCAUGAUGACUGUGAUAUCAGUGGGAUACUGGAGGAUAGUGGCUUGGUUAGCCCUCUGGUGUAGCAGAGAAGCUGUCUUUAUGACCUGCCUGUUAUUACAUUCCGGAUGAGACGGCAGCCUGCCUGACGGGGCAUCACAGAGACUGACCACACAUGACUGACCAUCCUAGCCCCCCUCAGAGAGGCAAAGCCCAGCCACUCACACAACAGACCCUUUGAACACGCUCACUGAUAAACAAGACAUAUUUACGACCACUGAUACACCGUGUACCUACUUAGACAGGACCAUAACUCUGGGAAAAUAUGUCUUGAGAAGUGUGUAUUUGUCCAACCGGAAAUGUACAUGAAUUUUAAAUGGUUUGUGUCCCGACUCCUAAUCAAGCAUGAUAGGAAACUGCUGUGGAUGAACAGAUAUUGAACUGACACCACAGUGGAAAAAUACAACAUCCAUCCAGAGGCACAUAAAGUAGAGAAUAAUGACGUCAGGUAGGUUAGGAUACCUUAGUGCUGUGCAAACUUGUCCUUCUGGUCCAAGCCUGAAACCGUAUGCAUUUCUCUCUUCUCACCUCCUGCAGGAAUCUGUCCUACAACAAUCUGAGUCGUCUGGAUGAGGGCAGCCUGGCGGUGCUGGGGGACCUCCACACACUCCGUCUGGGGCACAACGCCAUCAGCCACAUCACCGAGGGGGCCUUCAGAGGCCUCAAGGCACUGCGCCUCCUGUAAGUCCUCCUGACUGCUCCCAGAGCACACACAACUAUGGUUCCACAAUGUAGACUCAUCUUAAGUGACUCAUUUAAGAACAAUACAAUAUUGGCGUCUGCGUUUUAUUCAUGUGGAUUCAAUAUUCAGUAUAGCUUUAUUAAGCCCCUCAGGAGCCAUUUAGCAAGUGAGGUUAGCUGCUGUUUGGUUUUUAGACCAUUGCUUCAAAACAGAUCUAGUUUGCGUCCAUGUAUAUUAAUGUGUAUCUGUUUACCAGGUGUGCAUGCGUCACUAUUGUCAUGAUUUCAUUCUGUGAGAACUUUUAUUUUUGUGCGUCUGUUUUCGUCUUCUGUCUUUGUUUGGUAGUUGGUUCCCAUCGAUAUUGGACGCACAUGUGUUCCCUGUCAUUUGCCUCCUUGGAGAUUCUUGCCCUUUUUAAACGGAGCAGUGAAAAGCAGUAUGGGAGAGUGACUUCUCUCCCCCCACCCUCUACACAGACUUUGAACAGGCAGAAAGAGAGGCAGAGGGAGGCUGGGGGGUGGGUCCUUCUACUAACGUCUUUUUGGCCCGGGAUCUUCCCAGAGAGUCAGAGAAAAGAGUCAGGCCUUUGCUUUCUCACAGUGGGGUGACAAGCCAAGGCAUAUACAGGUCUUUCUCUGCUGGCGCAGAGGGAGCGUUGGGCUGGAGGGAGGGGGUUCAGCUGUGUGAGAGGCCCUCUGUUUGGCUCCCCUCUCCCAACCACUCUUUCUUUCUUUCUUUCUUUCUUUCUUGGUCUCUUUCUUUUCUUUCUUACUUGGUUGCUUUGUUUUGCCUGUUCGUACUCUUUCCACCCAUCCUUUUUCCUCUUUUCACUUUCUCCUUUUGAUUUUACUUCCUAUUCCCUUUAUGCUCACCCUUUUUCUUCCUCGCUCUCCUUCCCUCGCUUUCCUCCCUUCUCUCUCUCUCUCUCUCUCUCUGAGGCAGUUCUAAUCUAAUCAGUGAAGCGCUGGGUAGGCUCGGGCCCUGGCUGUAAGGGAGCUGGGGCAGCUUUAAUUGGGUAGCGCUGCUGGCCGUAGAGGCGUGGGGCUGGAGGUUCACAGUGGGUGCGAAAGCCCAGAAACGUUGAGCAUUUCAGCCGGGGGGUCAGUCCUCAGGGGCCCGCAGCCACUGCCUGCAUUAAGAAGGCACCGGCCUUUCACGCUCAGCCAGCCAGAAAGAAUAGGAAAUUGGCAGCCUAGUCCGGCCAUGGAGGAAAGGGAACCAAAGGGGAUUAGGGAAGGGUGGAGGUGUUGGGAGGGGGUAUGGGUGACCAUCAGACUCACAGGAUUUUCAGUUUGAAAUAAAGUAUUUUAACGGCACAGGGAACAAAGCAUGCGAUAGAGCGGCAACUCAUGUCUUUGUUCCGCUGUUGUUUUGCCCAGAUGACUUCAGCCGUUCGAGGUAGUGUGUCGGAAAAGCUCAUUAAUUGCAUUCAACAUGUGUUAGGAAACUUCCCGGCAGACUCAAACUGAAAGCUAUUGUUUUAUUGAAUCUCAUUCUGGCUCGGCUCGCCGUGGACAUGGCUAGCGUCUUUCUUUAUACUCAUUAGGCUCUGAGUCUCUGUUGGGACUGCCAUACCUGCCACCACACUCAGGCACUGACUGUCUGUAUCCAAAGGCAUUGUGUGCCCGCCAAUCCCUCCAUGCUGUCAUGAAUUAUACAUGUGUUUGCCUGCGUUGGGUUUUGUGCCUUCACCCCCCUCCUCCUCACAAAGGAAAGAAUGUGCUUGGCUGGCAGAGCAGAGCAGGAGAGAGGCUAGCUCUUUAGACCAGGUGCAGGGGGGUGUUAAGGGGGUGGGGGGUGGAGUGGUAACCCGUGACUUCCAGCCCCGUCUCUGCCAAGGCUACACAGUGCUUCAGCUCUCGUUUUGCUCUCCUCCUCCUCUCCACCUUUCUUAUCCCUUAUUUUCUCUCUCUCUCCACAGGGAACUGGACCAUAACGACAUCUCAGGCACAAUAGAGGACACCAAUGGGGCCUUCUCUGGACUGGACAGCCUCAACAAGCUGUGAGUACCCCCCUCCUUCUCUCAUCCCCCACUCCCCUCUCCCCAGAAUCGGUCCCUUUGAGCUGGCUGACCUGCCACUGGUAGGUGAUUCUAUACAGCUCUGUGGACAGCUCCUUCAGUCCAGGGGGAAGGGUUUUUUACUACAAUCCCAUAGUUCCCUUCUGAGGCCUGUCCACUGCCUAUAGUCUAUAUGUAGUUUUCCCAGACCUGGCUUUAGACAGGACCAGCUCCAGCUCCAGUCUAUCUCUCCCCUCCAGGCCCCACAUGUCAUUUGGAAGUAUAACACUGAGAGAUUACUUUAAGAGCUGCUCUGAGUUUUAUUAGGCUUUUUCAUGAAGCUUGCAGAUUAAUAUUUUAACGGCAAUUGGCUUGAAACUUGAAAUGAGCCUGAUUCUGGUUUUCAUCUCUGUUUACCAGACUCUAAACUGCUUUGUGUCCAAGUUCAGAGGUUGUCUGUUGGUGGGAGCUGAACUGCCUUGACUUGUUGGUUAAACUAUGCCAAUUUGUUGUGAUCUCUCAUAUAACCUUUUUAUCACAGAAUCUAGACUAGUGCAAUGUCAAAUGUUAGUUAAAGGGUUAAGAAAUUCAACCAUACCACAAUAAACAUAGAGUCGAACAUAAUGGGGCCUAAACAAUCCUAUAUAGGAGAAAAGCAGGUGUCCAACUAAGGCCGUUCCCUGCGUGAGUGCUAGCCUAUUGAAAGGGCUUUUCUAUUGGCCUGCUGGAGAUGAGCCUCAGAAGGUCUUUCCGUCUCUAGCCCUGCUCCUCUCUCUCUGCAACACGGCCCUGCCUGCCUGUUGUUAGGGACUGAGAGAGGGUGAAAUUGGGGGGCGGGCUCGGUCAUCAACAUCAAAUACCACAUUGGCCCCGUCUCCCCACCCCUUUUGUCCAGUAGUGAGUGGUGGAGUGGAAGCGGCCCUCUGCAGCCCAGCGCUGGCACAAUCCCUCCAUCCCGCCGGAAAACAACACUCACCAACCCUGGGAAAAAACAGAGAGAGAGUGCGAGGGACAUCAGUGUCCUCCACACGCUUUAUGUCCCUCCAAAUCGAAUUGUGAAUAUCCCCACAUGGGAGAACUUGUACUCUUAGCUUUUUCUGCUCUCACAACAACCACUAUUUUCCCAUUAUUGUUUUAGGAGGUAAAAUACAUUAAUGUAUUGAAUGUAGAUAUGUUAGAGUUGGGGUGAUAUCAUUAUAGUAUUGUAUUUAUUCUUUCCAAAAUGUGAUUACUUGAAGACAAUAUGGUUGGAAUGAAAGGCCAUGUAAAUGGCUAGAUGUGCAAAAUGAUGGUGGAAAUAAGAGAAGAUAAAUAAAUAAAUUGGAUGGCAAUGCAGUGACUUCCAGUGAGGAGUGGUUCUCCUCUGUGCUGAGGCCUGUUGUUCAGCCCGUCUCCCUGUGUAGGGUCGAGAACCACAGGGCUCUGGCUGAUGUGGCGGUCAAUAGAGGGCUGAGCGGAGGUGUGACCUCUCUGUCAGGAGUUGACAGGUCCUGUCCAUGACCAGUCGUCUGCCUGGAGGACCCCAAGACCCUGGGUCCCUGGCUGUCUUAUAGAACACCUGAUGAAUACCUCUUGACAAAUGAAUCUGAGGUUGUUCAGCUUUGACAUUUUCUGAUAGAAUUUAAGAAGAUGCAACCCCUAUUGUAAUGGUAACCAAGCUGAUGCACGCCCAAUGGUUGUUAAAACACGAUUUGUAUUUACAUUGCACAGUGUCGAUUUUCAGUGGGUCCAUAUAGAGGGGGAGAGAAGAGAGUGGAGGAGGCGGGACUGGAUUGAAGUGUUCCGAUGCAGGGGUCUUAACUCUGAAACAGCCUCCUGUGUCCAUCCGCUUCUCCUGGGAAGGAAGGCGGAUAGAGGAGAGGAAGGAUGGAUGGAGGGACGGAAGGGGAGGAGAGGGAGGGAGGGUAGAGGGGUGUAUUUUGAAGAGCGACCCAGAUUACACCCCCAGAAGGGGGCAAGCUGCGUGUUCCUUGCUUGAACUGGGCCUUGACAAGGCUACUUUUAUUACUCUACAAGCUGUGUUGUCCCUCAGUGAGACAACCUGCUUUUCAUGUGCCCCCCGUCAUCGCUAUUAAAUUCAAAUAAAGAUAAGUGGUCUUUGAAGAGCAGAGCAGGGCCGAGUCCCUCACCCUCCUAAUCUCCACACAGUUCGGAUUUCCAAUACCUCAAUCCUCUGCUCUUAUCAGAUUCAGCCCCACUAAUUGUGCCUUUCUCUCUCUCUUCUCCUCCCCUCACCCCGUUCCUCCUCUCUCUUUCUCUCUCUGUGUCUGUUUUUUGUCCGUCCCCCGUCCACUCCCUCUCUCUCCCCCGUGUUCUCUCCCGUUUAUCGGCACCCUUCAUGUUUGGAAAUUGCAGAACUCUGUUUGGAAAUAAGAUCAAGUCGGUGGCCAAGAAAGCCUUCUCAGGACUGGAGGCCCUGGAGUACCUGUGAGUAUCCCACAAUGCACUGCGCGACCCCGAGAUCGGCUGCCAAAAGUAGCUGCCUGAGAGUGCUGCUAGCAAUUUAAUAGCGUCUUUGGAAAAGGAGAAGACGGGCAGUUUGUGGGGCCAGCUGCUUCCCUCUCGUUAGAGGCAGCUUCAACUUUGGCCUUUUUUCCUGGUGCAGGGGAACAAAGUUAUUGAGCAUAUGGUCAGUUUCGUAGAAUAAAUGGAAUUUAUAUAAGCCCCUUCACAGGCUCUGGCCGUUACUUUAAACAGACUCUGGCCAUUAGGAAAAAAGUGAUUGAAAAGUUGAGUAUCCUUGGUCUGUGAUGCCUGAAUCUUUCCACCUUGUUUAAAAUAAGCCCUUAUAAAUAAAGGCACAGCGAUCCUUGGCUGGCGGGGACACAGCUGUGUGUGUGCAUGCAUGUGCGUGUGUGUACCCAUGUCCCCUUUCUGUCAGUGCUGACGGACAGCCCUCUGUUUAAUGUCACAACAGGAACCUGGGAGAGAACGCCAUCCGCUCCAUCCAGCCAGAGGCCUUCAGCAAGAUGAGGAGCCUCAGGAACCUGUGAGUCCGCAAUGAUGAAUACACACACACACCAUACACACAUGCACACACGUACGUAUACACACAUGCACACACGUACGUACACACACACCAUACACACGCCCACACACACCUCACACCUCGUCUCUGGAAAAUGUGAUUAUCUUCACAAUGUUAUGAUAUGGCUACACCAUACAGCUGUAGUCAUGGAAGAAGUUCAUUAUGUUCAGAUCAAAGCUAGUCUAUAAAAGAGAGUGAAUAUAUGUAUUUAGCCCUAACAGUGUCCCUCCUCUCCCAGGCUCGUCCAGAGUGACAGUUUCCUGUGUGACUGUCAGCUCCACUGGUUCCCUGAGUGGCUGAUGACCCGGGGGCUACAGACUGGCGUAGAGGCUACCUGUGCCCACCCCGAAACCCUGAAGGGUACUAGCAUCUUCCAGGCUCCACCAGAGAGAUUUGUCUGUGGUGAGUAGUGGGUGUGUGUGUGGUGGGGGGCAGUACAGUUGCUUUCUGCCUGAGACAGCGCAGGCAGCAGCUAAGACCAGAUGGUGUUUUAGAUUCCAGCUCAGGGUUGUUUACAGUAUAUGUGUGUAUUUGUUUAUGUUUGUGUGAUUUUGUUCAAAUGUCUGAUUUUGUGUCUUUGUUUGAGCUGCGAUGUGCUAAUCCUUGUUUGUCUUUAUGUUUGUGUUAAACAAGACUUUUGUAUACAUAUCUUCUGUCACUGAGAUAAAACAUUUGGUUACAAAGAAUAAUGCUUAUCUCAUUUUCUUGUCCUCCCUCCGUCUCUCUCCUCCCUCCCUCCGUCUCUCUCCUGUAGAUGACCUGCCUAUGCCCCAGAUCACGGUGCAGCCUGAGACCACAGUGACGGUUCUGGGUAGUGAUGUGCGCCUCACGUGCACGGCGGCCAGCAGCAGCAGCUCACCUAUGACCUUCGCCUGGCGCAAAGACCAGGAGCUGCUCCGCCAUGCUGAGGUGGAGAACUUCGCCCACGUGCGCGCUCACCACGGGGGGGUGCAUGAGGCCGGGGGGGUGAUGGAGUACACCACCAUUUUGCACCUGCGCCAUGUGACCUUCGCCCACGAGGGCCGAUACCAAUGCAUCAUCACCAACCACUUUGGCUCCUCCUACUCCACCAAGGCCCGCCUCACUGUCAACGGUACGCUGCCAGGCCCUGAAGUGUUAACUGUCUCCCAGUAUGACUGGUUUAUACAAAAUCUAAUUCUAUUUGUUACAUGCGCCGAAUACAACACCUUACCGUGAAAUGCUUAUUUACAAGCACUUAACCAACGAUGCAGUUUAAGAAAAUAGAGUUAAGAAAAUAUUUACUAAAUAAACUAAAGUUAAUUAUGAAAAUAAAAAGUAACACAAUAAAAUAACAAUAAUGAGGCAAUAUACAGGGGGUACCGGUACCGAGUCAAUGUGCGGGGGUACAGGUUAGUCGAAAGAAAAGGACGACUCUCGGUUGACCAAGAUUUUUUUUAGUCGGGGACAGCCCUAGUUUGUUUGUUUGUGUGCGUGUGGUUGGAUAAUUUUCCCUCUGUAAUAUGCUGAUUUAGUAGAUAUUUUCCCCAUUUAAACUCCAUAACAGGGCAGAAUGAGAUUAGUGGUAAUUCUUAGCUUAAACAAAGUAUCUCUCUCUCUCUGUCCCUCUGCAUCUCUCUCUGUGAGUUUCUCUGGGUGGAAUUUGGAACAAAUUGAUUUAGGCUUGUUGUGGUGCUGACAGUGCCCAUAUAUUACACGUCCUUUCAGUUAGGCCAACCGAUGCUGACUGAUUGUUUGCUGGCAGACUGUAGUUUGGUUUCCUGGCUGCCCUGCCCACCCAAAUGAAACCGUCUCCCUAGCCAUCUCCCCAACCCAAUUCAACUUCUAAACAAUGAUAGCAGAACCGCCUCUUCCUAUACGCAGACUACGCGCUGUGCGUAGGGCACUGCGGCUGCUAGGGCACCCCGACCUUAAAAUACAGAUUUUGGAACUAAGUCAGGGUCUCAACUUACUGUUGAGGUAGAAAAGUAGAAUACACAAGGUGCAAUUUCAAAUUGUAGUAGUGCAUCAACAGUUUUCCACUUGUUAGUCACUCAAUUAGGCCAUGUCAGCUAAUAUUGUUUUAGAUUGUUAGGUAAAGUAGUUUAGCCAGCUAUCUAAUCCUUGUAGUAGGCCUAAUCAUCACCAAAUUACUGACUGGGCACGCAUUCAGUGCUCAUUGAUUUUGUUAGUCGCUCUCACAGAUAUCAUAUAAACAUGGCAUAAGUCAUUACAAAAUGUGUAGAAUUGCAGGAAAUUACCUUUUUAAAACUGCCAUACUUUCUCUACACUCCAUUGCAAAAUGGGAGGGACUGUUAUGUAGCUGUGGUGUUAACCUCAGUAUAUCUCUGUUGUGGCUAACCCAGUGUCUCAUCUCCUCCAUUCCCACACAGUCAUGCCUACGUUUGUGAAGACCCCUCGAGACAACACCAUCCGUACGGGCACCACUGCCAAGCUGGAGUGUGCGGCCGAGGGGCACCCCACCCCCGAGAUCGCCUGGCAAAAGGACGGAGGCACGGACUUCCCGGCGGCACGCGAGCGGCGGAUGCACGUGAUGCCUGACGAUGACGUGUUCUUCAUCAUGGACGUCAAGCUGGAGGACAUGGGCGUGUACAGCUGCACCGCCAAGAACACAGCGGGCACCGUGUCUGCCAAUGCCUCUCUCACCGUGCUGAGUAAGACUUGACUGCUGGCAAUGCCCUACACCUACUGACACACUCACCCACACCCCUCUACAAUGUUUGAGGAUUUAUGGUUCAGGUGACCAUUAUUGAUACUACUUCCGACAAAAUAUGUACACUUGUAAACGGCUCUAAAGCCAGUUGUGAACUGGUCGCCUUGGUCAUAGAAUGAAAUGCUUCUGGCAGCUGUGGCCUUCCUCUGAGUCAGAGGUCAGGGUAGGGGUUAGAUGGGGGAGGGUGGGAUAGGGGGACUUCACAGAGGGGUGUUUGUUACUUCUCACCCCUCUCCUCUCAGGGUGGAGGCCUCAGUUCUCCUGGAGGGGCUUCUAUUGGUAGUGUGAGGACUGAGGCUAGUUGAUGAGAUCACAUAUUGUCAAGUACUGUAAUGUGUAAGGGCUUGGUCUACUCCACUGUAUGUAGACUGUAGUAGUGCAGAACAACUCCUCGCAGGGAUAUGAGAUAGCAAUAGCCCUCAGGAGUGGCUUUGUAAUGUUUAGUCAUGCAUGAGGAAAGCUCAGAGCUGAGGCCUUGUCUGAAGAGGUGGAGGAGACAGAGGGGGAAGGAGGGUGGGAAAGGGGUAAGUGAAAUCUCUUAAUCUUUGUGUUUCCUGCUGAGAGGGAAAGGGGUUCUCUCUAAGAGUAGGGGCGUCAAACGUUCAGCCUGCUGCGGAGACCCUAUGGACACUAGUCUAGAGCCCCUAGUUAAAUUGUGCUUAGGAGCAUUUUUUGAAUCUCUAAAUGGUUAAAUGUUUUCUUCAUUUACUAUCAUCCUAAAUUAAGAGAGAAAUAUUUUGCCAUAUCUAAUUAAUGUAUAAGGAACAAAAAUAUAAAUGCAACAUCAAAUCAAAUUGUAUUUGUCACAUGUACCGAAUACAACAGGUGUAGACCUUACCGUGAAAUGCUUACUUUACAAGCCCUUAACCAACAAUUCAGUUCAAGAAAUUUAGAUAUUUACUUAAUAAACUAAAGUAAAAAAUGUAAUCAAAAGUAACACAAUAAAAUAACAAUAACGAGGCUAUAUACAGAGGGUACCGGUACCGAGUCAAUGUGCGGGGGUACAGGUUAGUCAAGGUAAUUUGUACAUUGGUAGGGGUAAAGUCACUAUGCAUAGAUAAUAAACAGCAAGUACCAGCAGUGUAAAAACAAAGGGGGUCAAUAUAAAUAGUCUUGGUGGCCAUUUGAUGAAUUGUUCAGCAGCCUUGUGGCUUGGGGGUAGAAGCUGUUAAGGAGCCUUUUGGACCUAGACUUGGUGCUACGGUACCGCUUGCCGUGCGGUAGCAGAGAGAACAGUCUAUGACUUGGGUGACUGGAGUCUUUAACAAUUUUAUGGAACUUCCUCUGACACCGCCUAGUAUAUAGGUCCUGGAUGGCAGGAAGCUUGGCCCCAGUAAUGUACUGGGCUGUACACACAACCCUCUGUAGCGCCUUACGGUCGGAUGCUGAGCAGUUGCCAUACCAGGCGGUGAUGCAACCGGUCAGGAUGCUCUCAAUGGUGCAGCUGUAGAACGUUUUGAGGCUCUGGGGAACCAUGCCAAAUCUUUUUAGUCUCCUGAGGGGGAAAAGGCGUUGUCGUGCCCUCUUCACAACUUUCUUGGUGUGUUUAGACCGUGAUAUAUUGUUGUUGAUGUGGACACCAAGGAACUUGAAACUCUCUACCCGCUCCACUACAGCCCCGUCGAUGUGAAUGGGGGUGUGUUUGGCCCUCCUUUUCCUGUAGUCCACGAUUAUCAUCUUUGUCUUGCUCACAUUGAGGGAGAGGUUGUUGUCCUGGCACCACACUUCCAGGUCUCUAAACUCCUCCCUACAGGCUCUCAUCAUUGUCGGUGAUCAGGCUUGCCACCGUUGUGUCGUUAGCAAACUUAAUGAUCGUGUUGGAGUCGUGCUUGGCCAUGCAGUCGUGGGUGAACAGGGAGUACAGAAGGGGACUAAGCACACAACCUUGAGGGGCCCCUGUGUUGAGGAUCAGCGUGGCAGAUGUGUUGUUGACUACUCUUACCACCUAGGUGCAGCCCGUCAGGAAGUCCAGGAUCCAGUUGCAGAGGGAGGUGUUUAGUCACAGGGUCCUUAGCUUAGUGAUGAGCUUUGUGGGCACUAUGGUGUGGAACAAUGAGCUGUAGUUAAUGAACAGCAUUCUCACAUAGGUGUUCCUUUUGUCCAGGUUGGAAAGGGCAGUUUGGAGUGCGAUUGAGAUUGCGUAAUCUGUGGAUCUGUUGGGGCGGUAUGCGAAUUGGAGUGGGUCUGGGGUUUCCCGGAUGAUGGUGUUGAUUUGAGCCAUGACCAGCCUUUCAAAGCACUUUAUGGCUACUGACGUGAGUGCAACAGGGCGGUAGUCAUUUAGGCAGGGUACCUUCGCUUUCUUGGGCACAGGGACUAUGGUGGUCUGCUUGAAAUGUAGUUAAUACAGACUCGGUCAGGGUGAGGUUGAAAAUGUCAGUGAAGACACUUGCCAGUUGGUCCACGCAUGCUCUGAGUAUCCGUCUGGCCCCGCGGCCUUGUGAGUGUUGACCUGUUUAAAGGUCUUACUCACAUCGGCUACGGAGAGCAUGAUCACAUAGUCGUCAGGAACAGCUGGUGCUCUCAUGCAUGCUUCAGUGUUGCUUGCCUCGAUGCGAGCAUAAAAGGCAUUUAGCCUGUCUGGUAGGCUUGCGUCACUGGGCAGCUCGCGGCUGGGUUUCCCUUUGUAGUCCGUAGUAGUUUGCAAGCCCUGCCCAGAGUUUUUUUUCACCUCUGGUUGCACAUGUGACAUGCUGGUAGAAAUUAGGUAAAACGGAUUUAAGAUUGCCUGCUUUAAAGUCCCUGGCCACUAGGAGCGCUGCUUCUGGAUGAGCAUGUUCUUGUUUGCUUAUGGCCAUAUACAGCUCGAUGAGUGCGGUCUUACUGCCAGCAUCGGUUUGUGGUGGUAAAUAGACGGCUACGAAAAAUAUAGAUACAAAUCUCUUGGUAGAUAGUGUGGUCUACAGCUUAUCAUCAGGUACUCUACCUCAGGCGAACAAUACCUUGAGACUUUCUUAAUAUUAGAUAUCGCGCAGCAGCUGUUAUUGACAAAUAAACACACACACCACCGGACGUAGCAGUUCUGUCCUGCCGAUGGACGGAAAACCCAGCCAACUGUAUAUUAUCCAUGUCAUUCAGCCACGACUCGGUGAAACAUAAGAUAUUACAGUUUUUAAUGUCCUGUUGGUAGGAUAGUCUGGAACGGAGCUCAUCCAGUUUAUUCUCCAGUGAUUGCACGUUGGCAAAUAGAACGGAUGGUAGAGGCGUGUUAACCACUCGCCUACGAAUUCUCACAAGGCACCCCGAUCUCCGCCCCCUGUACCUCCGUCUUUUCUUCACGCGAAUGACGGGGAUUUGGGCCACGUCUCGGAGAAACAGUAUAUCCUUCGCGUCGGACUCAUUAAAUAAAAAAUAUUUGUUCUUUUUGAGGUGAGUAAUCACUGUUCUGAUAUCCAGAAGCUCUUUUCGGUCAUAAGAGACAGUAGCAGAAACAUUAUGUACAAAAUAAGUUACAAACAAUGUGAAAAAACACACAAAAUAGCACCGUUGGUUAGUAGCCCGUAAAAUGGCAGCCAUCCUCUCCGACACCAUUGUGACAUGCAACAAUGUCAACGAUUUUACUGAGUUACAGUUCAUAUAAGGAAAUCAGUCAAUUGAAAUAAAUAAAUUAUGCCCUAAUCUAUGGAAUUCACAUGACUGGGCAGUGUGCAGCCAUGGUUGGGGAGGGCAUAGGCCCACUCACUGGGGAGCCAGGCCCAGCCAAUCAGAAUUAGUUUAUUACAGACAGAAAUACUCCUCAGUUUCAUCAGCUGUCCGGGUGGCUGGUCUCGGACAAUCCCGCAGGGGAAGAAGACGGAUGUGGAGGUCCUGGGCUGGCUACACGUGGUCUGCGGUUGUGAGGCUGAUUGGAUGUACUGCCAAAUUCUCUAAAACGACGUUGGAUGCGGCUUAUGGUAGAGAAAUUAACAUUCAAUUAUCUGGCAACAGCUCUGGUGGACAUUCCUGCAGUCAGCAUGCCAGUUGCACGCUACCUCAAAACCUGAGACAUCUGUGGCAUUGUGUUGUGUGACAAAACUGUACAUUUUAGAGUGGCCUUUUAUUGUCCCCAGCACAAGGUGCACCUGUGUAAUGAUCAUUCUGUUUAAUCAGCUUCUUGAUAUGCCACACCUUUCAGGUGGAUGGAUUAUAUUGGUAUAAGAGAAAUGCUCACUAACAGGGAUGUCAAAAAUGUAUGCAUAUUUUGUGCAUAUGGAACAUUUCUGAGAUCUUUUAUUUCAGCUCAUGAAACAUUGGACCAAUACUUUACAUGUUGCUUUUAUGUUUUUGUUCAGUAUAUAUUACGCUACUUUCCAUGAUGUGGACAGUAUGUGUUACUACAUUACACAAGCUGACGGUUUGACCACAUCUAAUUGGGGGGGAAUUACACAUCCCUUUUUACCUCAGAUUGGUUAUAAAGGCUAUAAAAGUUUAUAGUCAACACGAUGACAGAAGAUCGUAGGUCUUAGAACGCAGCUAUCAUUUUCUUUCUCAAAUGGAACAGAUCAUUUUGGGCGGUUUCUCUAUAAAAAUUGCUGGCCACACAUCAAUACACGGAUUUGAAAGUCAAAUGAUCGCUUAAAUAACAGCCAACCGUUGUCACUGUUGGUAUCCUAUAGCGGGUCAUAUGAUUCGUUGAAAUUAACUAACAGAAAAAGUUUUGUUUUCUUUUCCGUGAUGGCAGCCUCCCAAAAUCAACAUCUGCCAUUCCAAAAUAUAGAUAGAAGCCUUCUACAAAUUCUCAUCUAACCAACCAUCUAUAGGUUAUUCCAAGUUUCCUUGUGGCCUUUGAAUAGUGUUAGUUUAAACAGCGCUACACCCCAAACAUUUUCCCCCUGUUCUAUUGAUUUCAAAGUGAUAUUGAUGGAAGUGAUUUAAAAAAAAAAAAAAGGUGUUGCUUUACACUUACUGUGUUGGUGACCCACUUGAAUCAAAAUGCAACACUUCAAAAUGUAGCUAGCUGUCUUCUACAAUUUGUCCUCUAACCAGUGAUGUACACAUUAUUCCCAGAUUCCAUGUGGUUUUUGAGCUGUGUUAGUUUUAACAGGACGUGCAACCUCACACAAUUGAUUCCGACGUGAUAAUCGAUAGGAGUGAUUGACAAAACAGUGUUGCUUUUGGAACGCGCCUACACAAAAGGCUCAUUAGAAUUAUGUACACAAUAUGCCCACUGUUGCGUCAUUAGAAUUUGUGAGAAUUAACGCAGUGGUUAGGAUAAUUAACGUAGCGGUUAGGAUAAUUAACGUAGUGGUUAGGAGAAUUAACGUAGCAGUUAGGAUAAUUAACGUAGCAGUUAGGAUAAUUAACGUAGCAGUUAGGAGAAUGAACGUAGCAGUUAGGAGAAUGAACGUAGCAGUUAGGAGAAUGAACGUAGCAGUUAGGAGAAUGAACGUAGCAGUUAGGAGAAUGAACGUAGCAGUUAGGAGAAUGAACGUAGCAGUUAGGAGAAUGAACGUAGCGGUUAGGAUAAUUAACGUAGCGGUUAGGAGAAUGAACGUAGCGGUUAGGAUAAUUAACGUAGCAGUUAGGAGAAUUAACGCAGCGGUUAGGAGAAUUUACAUAGUUAACUUACUUUGGUUAAGGUUAGGAAAAAUAUUAGGGGAUAGGUUAGCUAACAUGCUAAGUAGUUGCAAAACGCACCAGUUGUGUCAAUUUAGUUUGAGAAGUAAUGAGAGUAGAGUUGGGAAUGACCUGUCUGCGCUAGUGGGAUUACUAGACUUUGACCUUUCCCUCCUGUCUACAGAGACGCCCCACCUGGACCAAGAGCUGGAGGACCGUAGUGUGGUGGUGGGGGAGACUGUAGCCCUGCAGUGUAAGGCCCAGGGCAGCCCCCCACCCAAAAUCACUUGGCUGAGGAACGACGAGCCCCUCCACUCCUCUGACCGACACCACUUCACCCCCGGCAACCAGCUGCUGGUGAUCGGCAGCGCCGCCCUAGAGGACGCUGGGAGGUACACGUGCGUCAUGUCCAACACGCUGGGCACGGAGCGCGGCCACAGCCAGCUGAGUGUCCGUCAGCGGCAGACCGGCUGCUCCGCUCCGUCUGGCCCCAGCACCGUCACCAUGGGCAUCAUCGUAAUUGCCGUGGUGACCAGCAUCGUGGUGACCUCGCUGGUGUGGGUGUGCAUCAUCUACCAGACGCGCAAGAAGAGCGAGGAGUGCAGCGUAACCAACACGGGUGAGAGGGCACUCAUAUAGUUAUACUUAUUUACAUUUACAUUUUAGUCAUUUAGCAGACACUCUUAUCCAGAGUGACUUACAGUUAGUGAGUGCAUACAUUUUCAUACUUAUCACAGGAAAUGGCUGUUCACCAUCCAUGUCAUGGUGUUGACCGUAGUUUGUGCUGGUGCUAAUGUUAUCUGUCCCCUCUCCUCCCUUCCCAGAUGAGACAAUCGUGCCCCCGGACGUCCCCAGCUACCUGUCCUCCCAGGGGACCCUCUCGGAGCGCCAGGACGUGUGUAUCCGCGUGGAGGCUAGCGUUGGACCUCAGCCCAACGGACACAUAGACAACACAGGUAAAGUCUUCAGCUUGGUUCCCAUAUGAACCUCCAAUUCUCCUCCAUGACUGAACUGCUGGACCGCUCAAGGUCCUUUUGUAUCUAACUUCACGGAAUGUUUGCUUUACGUCUCCUCUAAAUUCAUGGAAUUGUGGAAAAGUGUAGGCGUCUUAAUAACUAUAUUCUCUCUGUCUAUGUGCUGGUGUAGGUUACAAUGGGGCUGUAGUUUGUACAGAGUGUAUGGAGAAUGGGAACAGCUACUCCAAGUCAGACUCAGAAUACCUCCCCCAGGGGCUUGGACCUGCAGGCCUGGAGUACCAACAACGCGCUCACCCCCAGCACAUGGACUACAGUGUACCUGUACCCCUAGGGGUGGACACAGGACCCUACACGGCCCCCCUCUGCAACGGGACCCCCAAUGGAGUCAGAAGGGAUGCCCCGCCACCUGAAUUUCCCAGCAACCACAACACAGUGUCAUCACAGAGAAACCACAACAGAAAAGGUAGAGUGAUAUUCCUAUUCCACACUGUUGAGGACAGGAUGGGGAAUGCUGGAGAAUCUGUUGUCGUUUGAGCCCUUAGUUGUGUAGAUGACCCUGCCAUGACGAAUCACCAUGAAGGGAGUAUGGUGGAUAGUCUGUGGCCUAUAUUUGAGAGUGUAUUCUACUGUAGUUGGGAGGCUGAACAUGCUAAGGAUACCUCUCACCUUAAGUAACAUGAAAAGCAGCACUGAGUUCCCAUCGCUGCCACACUCACAGGGGAGCAGGUCGGGUCUUGUCCUGGGAUGCUGUACCCUUUGGCAAGGAACCAUCUGGGAUGAAUUGGUGGUCGAAUGUCGAUCUCCGCUUCAUAAUGUAAACGUAGCAAUAUGGAUGCAUUCCAUAGCCAAUAGCCUUGAGUUCUGUACAGAUAGAUGUCUUGAUAAGUGUAUGUGCAGUGACUGGCUGACGUGGCGUUCUCUUCUCUCUUUUUUUCUCUCCCAGGUUCCUCAGUGAACAGGACAGGACACACAAUGCUAGUGUGCUCCCCAUCCCAAGAGGAGGCCUUCCACAAGCCGGUGAAACUCGCCCCCGUAACACACCAAUACACACUGGACACGGAUUGUGAGCCAGAGCUCAGACAGACUCUACUGUCCAACGGACACACUCCCAGAGCCUCCCAGAGUGACAGCACCCCCCUCAGGAGCGCCAGCGACUAGCAGGCUCUCCCCACCCUGACACUAACAGACUCACUAGCCCUGAGAGGACUUGUUCUUUGCACUGGGAACUGCUACCUCAAACAGAGAGGCCAAGAUCUGAUCCCCUCCCCUAACAGGGCGGGAGCAGGGAUGGGGGGUGGCAUCCAGAGUUUUGAAGGCGGAGCUUGUGUGGGUGGCGUCCCAUCUGAGCGUAUCAGCUGUACAUACUUAAAACCUUCCCCUGGGAGGUGUCAACCAAUCCUAGCUCCAAAUGUGACUUGCAUUUGAAGCAUGCAAAUGUAGGGAAUAUUUUACAGUAAUGUGCGAAAGAGAUAUACCAUUUGACAAUUAACUGUACAUAAGAGUUUUCAUAUAUAUAUUAUAUAACUUUUACAAAGAGUAUUUGAAUUUAUUCUGUGCAUGACAAAGAACGGAGUGAUGGUAUUCUUUUGUCUCUUUAACAAGCCUUGUCAGCCUCUACUUACCAGCUUCAACUGCGGUGCCUUAUUGCAUGAUCAAAGAAACCACGAACCGGACUCGUAGUAUAGCAGAGAUUUCUGAGAGCUAUCGUACACUCUUUGUCAUAUCAUGGAACACUUUAUUGCACUUGAAUGUUGUUUGACAAACACAAACGCUGCCCGUCAUGGCCUUAAACCAUAACUCAUAUUUACUGGUAUUUUAUGAAGGAAGCUUUGAUUUAAUUUAUUUUGGUACGUGAUAUGGUACAACCUAGGACAAGGGAGUGUUUGGGAUAUGAAUCUAGGUUAUUGAUGUUUAAGCACUUUGGUAUUCAUCAUAAAUGACCUCUGGAAACGCAGACUCGGUACAUGUAACCCAAUAGGAAUGUAAGAAAUCCUAGUCAGGAAACGCGACACAUUUCUGACAUAGCCAUGGAAUGUCAAGUCUCUUCCACCUGUCAAGGUACUAACUAUAGUGCCAUCAGAAAGUAUUCAUACCCCUUGACUUAUUCCACAUUUUUGUUGUGUAACAGCCUGAAUUCAAAAUGGAUUAAAUAGAUUUUCACCCAUCUACACACAAUACCCCAUAAUGACAAAGUGAAAACGUGUUUUUAGAAAUGUUAGCAAAUUUAUGGAAAAUUACUUUCAAGUAGAUUUAGGUCCAAACUGUAACUCGGCCACUCAGGAACAUUCACUGUCUUCUUCGUAAGCAACUCCAGUGUAAAUUUGGCCUUGUGUUUUAGGUUACUGUCCUGCUGAAAGGUGAAUUCAUCUCCCAGUGUCUGGUGGAAAGCAGACUGAACCAGGUUUUCCUCUAGAAUGUUGCCUGUGCCUAGCUCCAUUCCGUUUAUUUUUUAUCCUGAAAAACUCCCCAAUCCUUAACGGGCGGCAGGUAGCUUAGUGGUUAAGAGCGUUGUGCCAGUAACCGAAAGGUCGCUGGUUCUAAUCCCCGAGCCGACUAGGUGAAAAAUCUGUCGAUGUGCCCUUGAGCAAGGCACUUAACCCUAAUUGCUCCUGUAAGUCGUUCUGGAUAAGAGCGUCUGCUAAAUGACUAAUUAUUAUUAAUGAUUACAAGCAUACCCAUAACAUGAUGCAGCCACCAUUAUGCUUGAAAAUAUGGAAGUACUCAGUAAUGUGUUGUAUUGGAUUUGCCCCAAACAUAGCACUUUGUAUUCAGGAUUAAAAGUUAAUUGGUUUGCCACAUUCGUUGCAGUGUUACUUUAGUGCCUUGUUGAAAACAUGAUGCAUGUUUUGGAACAUUUGUGUUCUUUACAGGGUUCCUUCUUUUCACUCAGUCAAUUAGGUUAGUAUUGUGGAGUAACUACAAUGUUGUUGCGCCAUCCUCAGUUUUCUUCCAUCACAGCCAUUAAAUUAUGUAACUGUUUUAAAGUCGCAAUUGGCCUCAUGGUGAAAUCCCAGAGGGGUUUCCUUCCUCUCCGGCAACUGAGUUAGGAAUGACGCCUGUAUUUUUGUAGUGACUGGAUGUAUUAAUACACCAUUCAAAGUGUAAUGAAUAAUUUGACCAUACUCAAAAGGAUAUUCAAUGUCUGCUUUUUCUUUACCCAUCUACCAAUAGGUGGCCUUCUUUGUGAGGCAUUGGAAAACCUCCCUGGUCGAAUUUCUGUUUGAAAUUCACUGCUUGAUUGAGGGACCUUACAAUUAUCUGUAUGUGUGGAUGAGAUGAGGUACAGUGGGGAAAAAAAGUAUUUAGUCAGCCACCAAUUGUGCAAGUUCUCCCACUUAAAAAGAUGAGAGAGGCCUGUAAUUUUCAUCAUAGGUACACGUCAACUAUGACAGACAAAAUGAGGAAAAAAAAUCCAGAAAAUCACAUUGUAGGAUUUUUAAUGAAUUUAUUUGCAUAUUAUGGUGGAAAAUAAGUAUUUGGUCAAUAACAAAAGUUUCUCAAUACUUUGUUAUAUACCCUUUGUUGGCAAUGACACAGGUCAAACGUUUUCUGUAAGUCUUCACAAGGUUUUCACACACUGUUGCUGGUAUUUUGGCCCAUUCCUCCAUGCAGAUCUCCUCUAGAGCAGUGAUGUUUUGGGGCUGUCGCUGGGCAACACGGACUUUCAACUCCCUCCAAAGAUUUUCUAUGGGGUUGAGAUCUGGAGACUGGCUAGGCCACUCCAGGACCUUGAAAUGCGUCUUACGAAGCCAAUCCUUUGUUGCCCAGGCGGUGUGUUUGGGAUCAUUGUCAUGCUGAAAGACCCAGCCACGUUUCAUCUUCAAUGCCCUUGCUGAUGGAAGGAGGUUUUCACUCAAAAUCUCACGAUACAUGGCCCCAUUAAUUCUUUCCUUUACACGGAUCAGUCGUCUUGGUCCCUUUGCAGAAAAACAGCCCCAAAGCAUGAUGUUUCCACCCCCAUGCUUCACAGUAGGUAUGGUGUUCUUUGGAUGCAACUCAGCAUUCUUUGUCCUCCAAACACGACGAGUUGAGUUUUUACCAAAAAGUUAUAUUUUGGUUUCAUCUGACCAUAUGACAUUCUCCCAAUCCUCUUCUGGAUCAUCCAAAUGCACUCUAGCAAACUUCAGACGGGCCUGGACAUGUACUGGCUUAAGCAGGGGGACACGUCUGGCACUGCAGGAUUUGAGUCCCUGGCGGCGUAGUGUGUUACUGAUGGUAGGCUUUGUUACUUUGGUCCCAGCUCUCUGCAGGUCAUUCACUAGGUUCCCCCGUGUGGUUCUGGGAUUUUUGCUCACCGUUCUUGUGAUCAUUUUGACCCCACGGGGUGAGAUCUUGCGUGGAGCCCCAGAUCGAGGGAGAUUAUCAGUGGUCUUGUAUGUCUUCCAUUUCCUAAUAAUUGCUCCCACAGUUGAUUUCUUCAUACCAAGCUGCUUACCUAUUGCAGAUUCAGUCUUCCCAGCCUGGUGCAGGUCUACAAUUUUGUUUCUGGUGUCCUUUGACAGCUCUUUGGUCUUGGCCAUAGUGGAGUUUGGAGUGUGACUGUUUGAGGUUGUGGACAGGUGUCUUUUUAUACUGAUAACAAGUUCAAACAGGUGCCAUUAAUACAGGUAACGAGUGGAGGACAGAGGAGCCUCUUAAAGAAGUUGUUACAGGUCUGUGAGAGCCAGAAAUCUUGCUUGUUUGUAGGUGACCAAAUACUUAUUUUCCACCAUAAUUUGCAAAUAAAUUCAUUAAAAAUCCUACAAUGUGAUUUUCUGGGUUUAUUUUUCUCAAUUUGUCUGUCAUAGUUGACGUGUACCUAUGAUGAAAAUUACAGGCCUCUCUCAUCUUUUUAAGUGGGAGAACAUGCACAAUUGGUGGCUGACUAAAUACUUUUUUCCCCCCCACUGUAUGCCAUUCAAAAAUCAUGAUAAACACGAUUACUGUACACAGUCCAUGCAACUUAUUAUGCGACUUGUUAAGCAAAUGUAUACUCCUGAAGGUAUUUAGGCCAUAACAAAGGGGUUCAAUACUUAUUGACUCAAGACAUUUCAGCUUUUUAUUUUUAAUUAAUUUGUAAAAAUUUCAGAAAACAUAUGUCCACUUUGACAUUAUGGAGUAUUGUGUGUAGACCAGUGACAAAACAUUUCAAUUUAAUCAAUUUUAAAUUCAUGCUGUAACUCAACCAAAUGUGUAAAAAGUCAAGGGCUGUGAAUACUUUCUGAUGGCAAUGUACCAACCAGGGGUUAGAACCGAAAUCAUUUUCCAUUUGUUUAGUUCUGAACGGAACCAUUUUUGUAAUUUUUUGCUGUUCCAACCAACAAAUAAAGUUUUAAACCGGUUUGAAUCCCAAAAAAUACUGAUUUAUAUCGUUCCUUACUGUUCCCUUAUAAACCUCAGACAUUAAAUUACUUCACCAAUUUGUGCGGAUAGAGCAGCUUGCUAUGGAGUGGCCAAGCUAUAGUUUUUUACAUGCAUUGGACAGAAAUGUAAGGCGCGAGAUGCGACUGAAAAUGUGUGUGUGGGGAGAGCGAGAGAGCAGAGGAGGAGGCUUGGCUUGAAGUGCUGGGCAUCUUGUUUAUUACAUGCAUUAUAUGAAUUAGGCCCACAAAAUUAAACCUACGGAGGAGUGGCUUCUAUGGAGGAACUUUGAAUGUCUUUGAACUUCUGAGAGUUGUCUUAACGUUGGACCAGAGCUAGCUAGCUAACAAGCUGUGCAGAGCGGCACCAGAAUUUAAAUAAAAACACGUCUAACCUAUUUGUAGUUAAUAAAUCCAAUUUGAAAUGUGAUAACUAUAGUAUCCUUAACUAACAUUAAAAAAGUUUAUACAUUCUUCUCUAAUUUAAAAAUCUCUUCCUAAUUUCUGAAUCAUGCGUGUAAUUUCUGUAGGCUACAGUAGCCUAUGCUUCGGAGGGGGAGGGGCAGGUAGCCUACACACGCGCACACACACUGGUAAAGAUUUUCAGCUGGCAGGCAGACAAUGGAAUACGUUUCUGAGUGACAGAGUGAGGGCUUUGCAUAGUUGCAUUUUUUGCUGGAACGUAAAAUAAUGUUAUUAACCGAUUCCCAUGCUUUUAAAAUAAUGGUUCUGUUCAGGAACAGUAUAGAUCACUUUCAUUCCCGGUUCUGAUUCUGUUCCUUGAAAAUUUGUUAUUUUCUGGUUUAGGGACUAGAUCCCCCACUGUGCCUCAGCUCCAUUUGUUAUCAUUUCUUUAUUUGUCCAACUAAAGGUCCAGAUCCUUUCAAUACACAUUUGUUAUGAAUGUGGUCCAACUCCUAGAAUCAUUUGUUAUCCCCACUUCCAUCCCAAUAUGUUGAGCUAUACCAUGAACCUGCCACGCACUAAAAGGGAAUGGGGAAUUCUUACCAGGAGGGCAUUUUGAGACAGUUGUCAUACUGUUUGAUUGCUGUCGUGUCUCUCUGUCUCACUGUUAUGUGUUCACACAGGGAAUGGCCAGAAUUUAGCCUUUGUCAGAGCACCACAUAUAAUAAUAAUAUUGAUAAUAAUUUUGUCAUCAUUAUGGUAAUUGUACAAAAACAUGUUUUAUCAUUGAGGAACUAUUGACUGGUACAAACUGAACACCUCUUCAUUCUGUCAACAGCUUACUGUUGGGAAACUUGUGAAAUGUACCCCUUCCAACCUUAGGAGAAAUGCCCCUUGUCUACAGGCCUGGGUAAACUGGGCUGACAAAACCAGAUACUGUGAAUCUCAGUUUGAAACAGAAUUACAUUUUCUAAUGUAUGCAUAUGUUUAGCCAUUGUAUAGGCUAAUUGUCUGUAAACACUUGUUUUGCUAUUUACUUUAUAAACAAAAGGCUCAAAUUGUUUGACAUAUGAGCAUAUUCUUCAGAGAGCAGGAAUUCUAGAUGGUCAGUCAGAAGUUGUCAGUAGAAUGUCGUCCCACUAUGUCAAGGCCUGAAUGGAUGCGGGGUUGACGUGCAGUAAUUUAUUGAAAUAAACUGUCUGAAACCAUUGUACCAAUGUCAAAGCUUAAACAUUGAAUUGUCUAAUAAAA